AUGGAGGCUCUGGAGCAGUUCUUCAGUUUUGUUGGGGUGCUGGUGUGCCUGAUCUCCCUGGUGAAAUGUGUGAGAUUCGCCCAAUAUGUUUUUCUGCACUUUUGGAAACCUUCACCAAGGUCUUACUUGCAGUCAAUGGGACAGUGGGCAGUGAUCACUGGAGCAGGAGAUGGAAUUGGUAAAGAGUACUCCUUUGAGCUAGCUAAACAUGGACUCAAUGUUGUGCUUAUCAGCCGGACACUGGAAAAACUACAAGCAAUUGCCAUGGAAAUUGAGCGGACUACUGGGAGCAGUGUGAAGAUUAUACAAGCAGAUUUUACCAAAGAUGACAUAUAUAAGAAUAUUAAAGAAAACCUUAAGGGCUUAGAAAUUGGAAUUUUAGUCAACAAUGUUGGAAUGCUUCCAAAUCUUCUCCCAAGCUAUUUCCUUAAUGCACCAGAUGAAAUCCAGAGUCUCAUCCAUUGUAAUAUCACCUCAGUCGUCAAGGUAUACUGUUUGCUUAUUUGUACCUUUAGGCGCAAAGGACUCAUUUUGAACAUUUCUUCUGGAGCAGCUCUCUUUCCUUGGCCUCUGUACUCCAUGUACUCAGCUUCCAAGGCUUUUGUGUGCACGUUUUCCAAGGCACUCCAAGCAGAAUAUAAAGGAAAAGGAAUCCUUAUACAGGUGCUGACCCCAUAUGCGAUAUCAACCUCGAUGACAAAGCAUCUAAAUCCUAACAUAAUAACCAAGACUGCCAAUGAGUUUGUUAAAGAAUCACUGAAUUAUGUUACAACAGGAGAUGAAAACUGUGGCUGCCUUGCCCAUGAGAUCUUGGCAUGUUUCCUGCGCCUCAUCCCGUCGUGGGCAUUCUACAGCAGGACCUUUCAAAUGUUCCUCCUGACUCAGUACACGGAUUACCUACGGCAGAAUGUCAACGUAAAGCAAAACUUCUAUAAGUAG